GGGACGGGGGAGCCUGGUGGGCUGCCGUCUAUGGGGUCACACAGAGCCAGACAUGACUGAAGUGACUUAGCAGCAGCAACAGGUCUUUGUUGCUGCACAUGGGCUUUCUUUAGAUGCUGCAAGUGAGAGGGGACUACUCUAUAGUGUGGCACAUGGGCUUAGUUGCCCCAAAGCAUGUGGAAUCUUCCCGGACCAGGGAUCGAACCCAUGUCCCUUGCAUUGGCAGACAGAUUCUUAACCACUGAGCACCAGGGAAGUCCGAACCAACAGUCUGUUUGACCUUAGGAAGGUUUGUCUGAUCUGUAGAGAUGAUGAUACUGAACUUGGCUCUCUGACAGAGGCUGAAGAAAUAGGGAAUGCACUUUCUUUGAAAUGAGGCACUUCCAUUAGAUAAGGCUGUGUUUGUGAAUCUUACAGAGGGUGCCUAUUUUUCCCACUCAGUCUUUCUGUGUCAUGGACUCUUCUCAGCCUGCACGCAUGCUCACAUACUCUCCACCAUGCUAAAACUCUCUCUUUCCCUUAUAUCUAUUCCUUCUCAAGCUCCCUUGAUAAUCCUCUGUCUAUCUCUUUAGUACAGGCAGAUCAACUCCACUUUCUGAGUUUCCCCACUACACCACUAUUUGUAAGUCCCCUAAGGCAGCCAUCAACUUCCUAAGAGCCAAAGCUACUGGCUAUUCUUAGUGAGUUGUGGGGUUUAUUCUCCUAUAUAGAUGAAAUCAGGUUAAAAUUAACUCUAAAACAUACCUAAAGAUGGCUGUAGAUUUGCAUUUGCACGUAGUAGACUUUGAGAUGGUCCAGUAGCCAUCCAAGACGUAAGUUCCCUUGACCAAAGCACUAACUGACCAAAGCACUAACCUUAUGACAAUUGCCCAAAUUUACCAUGUCCCUUGUGGCUCAGCUGGUAAGAAUUCACCUGCAAUGUGGGAGACCUGGGUUUGACCCCUGGGUUGGGAAGACCCCCUGGAGAAGGGAAAGGCUACCCACUCCAGUAUUCUGGCCUGGAAAAUUCCACGGACUGUAUAGUCCAUGGGGUCGCAAAGAGUUGGACAGGACUGAGCAACUUUCACUCGCUCACUUGGUCACUUUUUCAUACUACUAUAGACCUCAGCUAUGAUUAAUGAUAGCCUUGUGAUCUCAGGUUUUUAAAAAGAUCUUCUGGAGCUAAAACCCCAGAAGUAUUUCAGUCUGGUAAUAAAUUGCUAAGAAUAGAUUUGACUAGCUUGUUUUUGUGCAAGCUUUUGAAUUUGUUCCAGAUUCUUGAUUCUGCAGCUGUUAGUCAACAGGUGAAAAUGGAUUCUGUAAGAAGAGCUACUAUUUGAAGAUUCUGAAAUAUUGUGACUCACAGAUUUAAAACAAACAAACAAACUGGCAGUACAGAUUUUAAUUCCAACCUUUAGCAAUGAGCUUCACAAUAAAAAAUAAAUAAAUAAAUCAGACAUUUUCACAGCAGUUUUCUGGACUGACUGACAUGUAUAGCCAGAGAAGGCAUAUCUCCUGACAGAAAAUUCUCCACUCUCCACCUGAUAUGAGGUCAAAUGAAAUAGGAACAGUUUCACCAUACCGAGAAAAUAGUACAGGUGACAUGUGACACCAUAUCAGGGAAACAAACUUUUAGUUCUAACAUUAAUAUUUAUACCUCCUCUAUACUUUUGUAAAAUUUAGAUGAAAUGUUGUCCUAUAUCAUAAAACUGUGAUUUGCUAUGGGUAAAAAAAAAAAUAAAUAAAAUAAACUGAUUUGUGGCAAAACUAGUAUUUCAGAAUCAAGAAAUCUAGCACUGACCAGUUAGGAGAGUUUUUGAAAGGUUCCUAAAUCUUCCCAUGUUUCAGUUUUUCCCAUACAAAUCUGGAAAAUAACAUUUUUCCAUGAAAUUCCACACUUCUCAACACCAUGAAGUAUAAGCUAAGAAUAUUUCACCAAAAACUUAAUUAUUGGGGCAAUAAUUACACUAGGGAGGGAAAAAAUUGAGCAUCUCUCAGAGUAAGUGUUUUGAUUCUAAACUUUGCUCACCAAUUUCAGCUGGGAUCAUCAACCUUUUCAGUGUCACAGGUCCAGGAACUAUGAUAGGUGGGGCCUCGAGUAAUCAGAUAAGACUUCCCUGGACAUACUUUCACAAAUGCAAUAAAUAUUCCCCAAAGUGACCAAAUACAUCCAUUUUGGGGGUGACAGUUUCUCUCCUUAACCAUCCAGUUUCUCUCUCUCACCAAAGAACAGGGCCUCCAUGUAUCUCUUGGUAUGAGGCCCUCACAGGGGCCUCUUCUGAGGGGAUACCAUUCAUAUCGUAGACACUUUAAUUAUUAAAGAUACUUUUAAAAUGUAUUAUAACUUUGUUGGCGCCAAAGAUGGGCUUGUUGUAUAUUAAUGAUUAUGAUUUUUGGACAAAUAAAUUAUUUUUUAAAGUUAUUCUUUAGUUUACAAAAGAGAAAUGAAUCUUGUAAUCAAAUGAUCUUGUUGACCUAACAUCUAAAAUCAACUGAACUUCUAAGUAAAGAACUGCUGCUCUCAUUGAUGAAUUGAUUGGGAAGUAUCUUAAAAUUAGAGUAGACAUCUACUGAAAUUAGUACACUGGCCAACUUUGAGGUUUUGAUACUGUAUCUCUUAUCAUCUGCUUUUUAUAUCCUGUACUGAAUGGUAUGGUUGAAUCAUCCCAUUUAAAUCCACAAGUAAUUUCUGUGUACACAUCUGCCAUCCUAACCCACAAACAUUACACAGACAAAUCAGCUAUUGUAGAAUAUUACAUUAUAUUAAUUAUCAUGUUAUUAGAUAUUAAUGUAUAAUGUUGCAUAAAUAGGCUAUUUUAUAGUAAUUUCAUAUUUGUUAUGGAAAUUUCAUUAGUAGUGAUUAAGUUCCUAAAAUGUAAUGCUUCUUUAUCUACAUUCUCCCUUCAAAAUACUGAAAUUUAUUCAGAAGAGUAAUUUGACAGACACAUUGAUGAAAACGUUUGCAGCUCUUCAGAAAAAGUUAACUUUGUCACCACCAAUCAUCAGUGGAGAACCUAAGUUCUCAAAAUUACAGUUUGCCAAAACUGUCUACAACACCACAAGAAAGACUGCCAAAUCUUCCAGAGGCCAUUUCUAUAGGCUAGAAAACAAGAAAUUUACAGCUAGGAAACAAUGAAACUAUGAUAAAGAGCUUCAUUUCCAUGAAAUAGAGGCACAUAAUUAUUACAUAAUAAAUUAUUCCAUCAUGACUUGAAAUUCCUUACUGUAACUUAAAAUCUGAACUUUCAAUUAUUUUAUAUUCCAUCUGUAAUGGCUGUUAUCACAAAAUAAUAACAUAUACUCAUUUAAUAGUUUCACUUAAAGAGCUCCAUUUUCAAUGGGCAAGGGGAUUGACUGUGGCCAAAGUCAGCCCGAUCUUUACUUGAACAAGCCCCCGUUUCCAAGGCAACAACCAUCUUUUACAAGUGAUUUAUCCAGGUUCACAGGAAAGCAGCAUGCUCUACAAAUGAAGAUUGGCGCCUCCGCGACAGCUCUAAUGUGUACAUUUCAAUACGCUGGUAUUGUAAGUUCAUUACUGGAAAUAGGGGUCUUGUAACCGCAGCAAACAGAUGUCCCUGUCUAGGAUAGCUUGAAUUCCAAGUCGCUGAAACUGACCUGACAGAUGGGUUGAAACAAGAGGAAGAGAACAGAAUAAAACAAUGAAAUGGCAAUCAGAGAGAUCAGAGCAGGCAGGGAGUUCCUAGGUGUCUGUGUCUCUCCAAACGCCCCACUCUGUCCACACAACUUCGGCUCAACAGGUGCUGCGAGAAUCCCGUGGACAGAGGAACCUGGUGGACUGCUGUCCAUGGGGUCGCAGAGAAUCGGACACGACUGAAGCGACUUAGCAGCAGCAGCAGCGAAGAAAAGCGUCCUGAGGAAGAGGAUGAGGUUGACUGCGUCCUCCUUUCAGCAUCCAAGAUCCUAAAUUCUUCUGAGGGGAUAAAGGAAAAUGGUAGCAGUGAAACAGAACACGGCUGUGUAUCAGAAUCAGAAAAUCAAAUCCAACCACAAUCAGCAUUGAAAGCCCUUCAGCAACAACUGGAAUCGUUUCAGGCUCUCCGAAUACAGACUCUGCAAAAUGUUAGCAUGGUACAGUCUGAAAUCAGUGAAAUAUUGAACAAAAGUAUCAUUGAAGUAGAAAACCCACAAUUUAACCCAGAAAAAAAUCUAGUAUUCGGCACACACAAUGAAACGGCUUUGGGUGACUGGAUUGUCAGAGGUGAAAAUAAGGAAACUCCUGUCCUGAAAACCCUGAAAGAUCCUAUAGAGAAUCAAGAAGAAACCCUUUCUACAGAGAAAAUUCAUCAUUUUGAGGAUUCCAGGACUCUUCAUUCAGCAGAAGAAAAAUUCAGUACUGAUAGUAUUGACAGUCUUCCUCAAAGUAUAGAUGUUCCAUGCCAGAUACAUUUCAAGGACAUAUUACCUCUGAGAACUUCAACAGAUAAUUCAGCUUCAGAAAAUUCUGACAGGUUGAAGAAUUAUAAUAACUUUUAUAAUUUUCUACCUAAUGCACCUCAAAAUGGGAUGUCUCAAGCUGAGACGCUAAUUCUGGAUAAGUCCAGAAUGACAAUGCCUUUUCUCAAGAAUGGAUUUUGUGAAAAUUUAGAUGAUAUUUGCCAUUCCAUCAAACAAAUGAAGGAAGAGCUUCAAAAGUCACAUAAUAGGGAACUGGCACUUACAAACGAACUGCAGACUUUAAAAGCUGUUCCAAGGCAUGGGAAUUAUGACCUGCCCCCCGUUCACAAGGAAAAAAACAAUUUCAUUAAGGAAGAAAAUAUUGAAAGUAACUUAAGUGAAGAUAUAAAAUCAAAGAGAAUUUUGGAAUUAGAGGCAUUAGUAAACAAAUUGCUCCCACUUAGGGAAACAGUGUCAAAAUUCCAUGUGAAUUUUUGUAGGAAAUGUAAAAAAUUAUCUAGGAGCGAAAUACACAGGGGAAAAAGGAAUGAGAAAAACAAUAAAGAAAUUCCUAUCACUGACAAGAAUAUUGCAGAUUUAAAACUCCAUUCCAGAGUCCCAAGACAUACAUUGGCAUUCAUUGACCCAACAAAAUAUGAAAUGAAAGACAAAGAAAAACAACCAUUUACAGUAAAACAAGGAUCAAUAAUAUUUGAAAAUGAGAAAACAUCCAAAGUCAAUUCUGUUACUGAGCAAUGUGUAGCAAAAAUUCAGUACUUACAGAAUUACUUGAAAGAAUCUAUGCAAAUACAGAAAAAAGUAAUGAAACUAGAGAAUGAAAACCUAAGCCUUAAAACAAAAAUUAAACCUCUUGUCUUUACCACACAAUCUCUGAUACAGAAAAUUGAAAUGUAUGAAAAGCAACUUAAGACACUGGUUGAAGAAAAGAAUACUCUCCAGUCCAAGUUAACUAAAACAGAAGAAGAUGGCAAAGAAUGUCUUAAAGAAUUGAAAAAAAUAGUUAGUAAUUAUAAUGUUCUCCAAGGACAAAAUAAAACCCUUGAGGAAAAAAAUAGUCAACUUUCUUUGGAGAAUCAACAAAUAAUAGAAGCAUUAGAUCAACUAAAAAGCAAGGAACACAAAACUCAAAGUGAUAUGGCCAUUGUCAAUAAUGAAAACAAACGAUUGAGCAUAGAAAUGGAAUCAAUGAAAACAAAUAUUCUAUUGAUACAAGAGGAAAAAGAAAUGUUAGAGAAAAAAACUCAACAGCUUCUAAAGGAAAAAGGUGCACUGGAAAAUGAACUGAAAGAGACCCGCCUAGAGACAGCGCAGCUGAAAGAGAAAGAAAGAUUGGCAAAAAUUGAACAAGAGACACUUCUUCAAAUAGUAGAAACAGUUAAAAAUGAAAAGCUUAAUCUUGAAACCAGCUUACAAGAAUCUACUGCUGCGAGAGAGAUGAUGGCAAGAGAAAUUGAGGAUAUUCAAACAUACCAAUCUACUGCGGAAGAGAAUUUUCUGCAAGAGAUAAAAAAUGCAAAGUCAGAAGCAAGUAUUUAUAAGAAUAGUUUGUCAGAAAUGGGCAAUGAAUGUGAACUGUUAUCAAAAAUGUUAAUGGAAAUUAAGACCGAUAAUCAGCUUCUAAAAGAAGAACUAAAAAAAAAUAGUCAAGAAAGUAUAAAAUUUGAAAAUAGCAUCAGUAGACUUGAGGAAGACAAAAUACUCUUAGAAAACUAUGUAAGAAGUGUAGAGAAUGAAAGGGACACCUUGGAAUUUGAGAUGCGGAAUCUUCAAAGAGAAUAUUCAAAUCUAAGUGAAAAAAUCUGCAGUCACCAUAUUGACCUCUCAAAAAUGGGUCACGUUUCAAGGAAAGAUAAAUUCCAUUUUGACAUCUAUGAUAUUUAUGAAGACACCUCUAGUCCUGGGAAUAGGCCUUUAGCCCUUGGUUUGAAAGGAACUCCAAAUAAACUGUAUCAACUGCUUCCAUCCAAGACAUGUAAAUAAAUUUCUGAAAACAA